CUCAAAUUCUAUACUGUUUAUAAUUUUUUGCACAUCGUUUGUGAUGGUCGCUAGCCUAUGAAUGCCCACAUCUGGUCCCUCCUGAACCUUCAUUGGUGGUGGAAGUUGGCUUUCAAGUGCUACGUCUAAGCAUCUACGGCAUCCCAUCAUGAGUCGGUGCCAUUGUGCCAUUUGACAUCCGCCAUGCGCAGCAGUAUCUCCACUCUCUGUAGUCGCGGGUCCUCCGCACGCUCCACGCUUUUCGGAACUCGCUCCUUUAGCUUGUCAGAUUCUCGCCGGGGCUCCUACUCCACGACUGGUUCGGUCGAUCUCCUGGCUUCCGUUGGCAACACGCCACUACUAGAGCUCACUACUUUGUCCAAGCUUACUGGCUGCAAGCUUCUAGCCAAGGCUGAGUAUACCAACCCCAGCGGAAGUAUCAAGGAUCGUGUGGCCAAGUCGUUGAUCCAGGACGCCGAAGAGCGCGGUCUACUUAAGCCUGGAGGCACGAUCAUUGAAGCUACAGGAGGAAGUACUGGAGUAUCACUCGCAUUGCUUGGAGCUUCACGAGGUUACAAGACACUGUUGACUAUGCCUGAUAUCACUGCAAAGGAGAAGGUGCAGAUGAUGAAGACUAUGGGCGCUCAUGUGCAUAUCCUGCCCACGACGUCAAUGUCGGACAAGGAGAACCACUUCUUCCACGUUGCUCGUCGUCUUGCAGAGACGACGCCGAACGCGUAUUGUCCGAACCAGUUUGAUAAUACUGCGAAUUUGAUGGCGCAUUACGAGGGAACAGCGCCCGAGAUCUGGAACCAAGUGGGUGGAGAGAUCGACGGGUUUGUGACGUCCGCGGGGACGUCGGGAACUAUUGCUGGCAUGUCGAGGUUCUUCAAGGAGAAGAAGCCGGAUGUCAAGGUCUGGCUUAUUGAUCCAGAGGAGACGGCAGCUAUGUCGGCAUUUAUCAACAAUGAGAGGUCAACAAGCACAAUUGAAGAUGGUUUUGAGGUAGUACCGAUGGCCAAGGGUGUCACAAUUGCAGAGGGUGUAGCAGCGUUGUCACGUGUGACUCAGAACCUGCGAGAGUCGAUUGUCGACCAGGGAAUUACUGCGAAUAACCAGGAGAUCGUGGACAUGGCCUACUUCCUGCUUCGUAACGACGGCAUUUUCGUUGGACCAAGCAGUGCGCUGAACGUGCUCGGCGCGGUGAAGAUGGCACGUGAGCUUGGCCCCGGACACACAAUCGUAACGAUCUUGGCUGACGGGGGCGUGCGCUACGGCAGCAAAUUGUACAAUGAAGACUGGCUCAAGGAGAACAACCUGUUGCCUCAACAGAUUGCCCAGAAGGGAUCGUUGGACUUCGUGAGGGAGCUCGCGUUCCCCACAACGAUCUGAACUACAGGGUGAAAUUAGGAGAAGUCAUUCGUUUAGAUGGACUAAUCAGUUGUUGAAGUAAACAUCGGAGACGUUAUAUUCUUGAUGAGUGACCUCAAAGUCAGUCGACAACGAUGAGAC